AAUUAAUAAAAUCUAAUUUUCUCCAUUGACUCUCAUCUGAAAUAUAAAUUCAAGAACAGUCUUUGUACCUGAAAACACGCUCUUGAAUAAUAUUCAACACCUUCAGAAACCCAAACCCAACCAACUUUCUCUCCUCUUUUCCAAGUUCUCUCUAUAAUAACCCAAAAUUUGCUAUUGAAACAAACAGAUUGGAUCACAACCCAUGUAACAGCUUCGAGGUUAGAAUUCAUUCAUAACAUCACUUAAUUAUUUUUUCCUUCACUUUCUUUCUCUUCAUCUUUCUCUUUUCUCUUCCAUUUUUUUUUUCCCUGAGAAAGAGAAGUAAGAUAUAGCUCUAGUUGGGAAAAGAAGGGUGUUGCUUGAUGGGUGUUUUGCCAAAUUUAAGAGGGUCGAGAACUGCAACUCAAGAAGGAUUACCUUUAUCCGAUGGGUUAUCUUCCCCACCAUCGUCAUCUUUUUCAGUCUCGGUUCCUAAGAAGAAAUGGUCAAACUUUUUGCCUGUUUUUGUUGUUCUUGUGGUUAUAGCUGAGAUCGCCUUUUUGGGCCGUCUUGACAUGGCUAAAAAUGCUGCUCUAGUUGAAUGGGCUGAUAGUUUGUUCUUUAAGUCUUCUCCAUUGCACGACUCGGUUUUGGAAAGUGAGGAUUUUGGACAGAAACUGGGAGAUUUUCAGAAGAAUGAAGGAAAUUUGGGCUUAGAUAGUUGCGAGGAGUGGUUAGAGAAAGAGGACGCUGUGGUUUACAAAAGGGAUUUUGAUAAAGAUCCUAUCUUGGUUAUUGGUGCUGAGAAGGAGUGGAGGACUUGUGCUGUGGGAUGCAGUUUUGGAUUUGACUCCAGUAGAAAACCUGAUGCUGCAUUUGGUUCACCUAACCAAGGUGGAACUGUUAGUGUGCUCCGAUCGAUGGAAUCAUCUCACUACUAUUCCGAGAACAAUAUUGCACAGGCACGACGGAGGGGUUACAAAAUUAUAAUGACAACUAGUCUUUCAUCAGAUGUGCCAGUUGGAUAUUUUUCCUGGGCUGAGUAUGAUAUCAUGGCACCAAUGCAGCCAAAGACUGAAAAAGCACUUGCAGCUGCUUUCAUUUCUAACUGUGGUGCACGAAACUUUCGUUUGCAAGCUCUUGAGGGACUUGAAAAGACAAAAAUCAAAAUAGAUUCUUAUGGUGGUUGCCAUCGGAAUCGUGAUGGAAGAGUGGACAAAGUAGAGACUCUCAAACGAUAUAAAUUUAGCUUGGCUUUUGAGAAUUCAAAUGAGGAGGAUUAUGUUACUGAAAAAUUUUUCCAAUCUCUUGUUGCUGGAACCAUCCCUGUGGUUAUUGGUGCCCCAAAUAUUCAAGAUUUUGCUCCUGCACCUGGGUCAAUUUUACACAUUAAGGAGCUAGAAGAUGUUGGAUCAGUUGCAAAAUCUAUGAAUUACCUUGCAGAAAAUCCUGAUGCAUACAAUCGUUCAUUAAGAUGGAAGUAUGAGGGACCAUCUGAUUCUUUCAAGGCCCUUGUUGAUAUGGCAGCUGUACACUCUUCAUGCCGCCUUUGCAUUCACUUGGCAACUAUGAUUCGAGAGAAAGAGGAACAUAGCCCACGGUUUAAGAAACGCCCCUGCAAGUGCACCAGAGGCUCAGAGAUUGUGUAUCAUUUAUAUGUAAGAGAAAGAGGAAGGUUUGAAAUGGAGUCCAUAUUCUUGAGGUCUGGGAAUUUGACCCUAAAUGCCCUGGAGUCUGAAGUGUUGAAGAAGUUCAAAUCUAUGAAACAUGUACCAGUUUGGAAGCAGGAAAGACCUGAAAGCAUAAGAGGAGGAGAUGAUUAUAAAAUCUACAGAAUAUACCCAGUAGGUAUGACACAAAGGCAAGCUUUAUAUGCAUUCAAAUUCAACGGGGAUGCUGAUUUCCAGAAUCACUUGGAAAUCAACCCAUGCGCAAAGUUUGAAGUGAUACUUGUCUAGAGUAACGUUUGCACUCUCACGACUUCCGACUACGACCACUAGUGUUCAGCAUCAGCUGCUGUAAUAUUUGCGGAGGGGUCGAGGUGAUUCUGUGAGAAUAGUGACAUUCAUCUUCUGCCUUUGCCCUCCAUGUAUCCUAUGGUUUACAUGGGCAAUGAAAUGUUAUAGAUGGUACGUGAAAAUCGACUGUGAGUGUUGAGAAUGUGUGGCUCAUUGGGGUCAAGGCCCUUAUUCAUGAUGAUCAUUUGAGACAAUCUAAACUCCUUUCAGAUCUUAA